AUGGCUUGCGCGAUAUUGUCGAAGGAGGUUCUGCACUUGACAGCGCAAAACUUCGACGAAAUACGCACCGCACCGCAUACGUGCUUCUCGGUACACAAGCGUAAUAUAAUAUCUGAUGCUUUUAAUGUACAGUGUCCAUAGAUGGCAACGAACGAGCGGUUCAGCCAUGUCCAAUACGAAUGCGUGAUGAUCGACGGGAAACCGACGUGCCGAAACGUUUAUUUAACAAGGAUACGCAUUGUAAAACACUCUCCGAUACUAUAUUACAGUUCGCGUUGUAAACGUGUUUACAACCCGUUGUUCCUAUUCGUUUUAUUUUUUUUCUCCAGAAAGCUGCACGACCGACACUAUUUAUGUCCAUCUCGUUCAUGUUACUGUUUUCAGAAUGACACCAACGUAAAAGGACUUCCGAUGACGUUUUCCGAGGUGAUGCAACUGAAAACGCUGUUUGAAAAUGGAUUCUUUCAUGAAUGUUUCAAGAACCAUGGAUAACUCUACCAUGUCUAUGGUUAAUCAAACAAUUUCAACUAAAGAAAGUUUAGAUCUAUCUGGGAAAAUGUUGGAUAAAUUUUUUGCAGCAGAUGAUUCAUUUCCAACACUUAUUGAUAAAAUGCAUAUAACUAAUAGUGGUUAUAGUAUUAGUGGAUGUACAGAAUAUGACUAUCCUAAAGAAGGACUAGGAAUGUCUUCUAUCGCUCCUCUUAAGUCACGACACAAGAUAUCACUUCCUGGUGCAUUAUUGGAACAAUGGAAUGAUUCACAAAAUUUCCAUCGUAAGUUAGGAAUCUUUCCUGAGAUUAACAGAGUUUGGAUCACAAUUGAUCAGGAGUUUUUCUUAUGGGACUAUAGUGAAGGAACCGACUUAUCUUAUUUUGAUGGAAUGAAUUCUACUAUUUUUGCAGUAGCUUUAGUUUCACCUAAACCAAAUGUAUUUCAACCUCAUAUAAAACAUUUAUUAGUCCUAGCUACUGGUUUAAACAUAGCAAUAUUAGGUGUAACAUUUAAAAAAGUCACCGGUAUCGAUGGUAAAACAGUAGAGCAAUUAGAACUGACUACAGAUACAAUUUUUGAAGUUCCUACUGAAGGUGUAAUAACUUCCAAAAUUGUUGGAACAAAUGAUGGGCGAAUUUUUCUUGCGAGUGAAGAUGGCAAUCUAUUUGAAAUUGAUUAUUGGAAAGAUUUAGGAUGGUUUUCUAUUGGAAAUGGCAGACGAUGCAAAAAAAUUUGUCAUUCAGCUGGCACUCUAUCUUAUAUACUUCCUUCGUUUUUAUCAUAUGUGAUCAAUGAACCUUCGACUAUUGUUGAAAUAGCUGUUGAUAACACUCGACAUAUACUUUAUACUUUGACUGAAAAUAGUUCAAUUGAUUUAUAUGACCUGGGAUCUAAUGGUAAAUCAACAAGUCGAAUUAUUUCUUUGUCACAUUCUAGUCUUGAGCAUCAAGUUUCUAAAUUACUUAGAACCAUGGAAAUAGCUCAAAUGACUAUAUUGAGUAGUAUCAAAAUCAUUGAAGAAACCGAAUCGUCAAACAUUCAUCUAAUGGUUGUAUCUAAAUCUGGAUUUAGGUUAUAUUUUACAACUGGAGUAAUAAUCUCUAAUAAUACUAGACCUUACACAUUACAACUUUUACACAUACGAUUACCUCCAGGAUAUAAUAGGGUUGUAGGAGAAUCCAAACCAAGUAGUGUUCAACAUGUGAUGUAUAAUAGAGGUACUAUUAUAAUGGCGUGUGAUACUGACAUAACUAAUUACAGACCAAUGUUAUGGUGUAUAACUCCUGAUGAAUAUGCUUUUAAUCCUAACUUUAGUGAAAGAUAUUUUAUUACCGAUCUGGAUGUAUGCCCAUUAUCAUUAGAAAACAUAGGACCCAAUUUAUUGAUAUACAAUGACCCAACCUCAAUACAACCACCACUUAUUGUUCGCCAACAAUUUGAAAAUCGACAAGAAUAUAUUACCAUAGCUCCUCAGGGUUUGGAAAUUUUUGAAAUGCUUCGACCAUAUGACACUCUCUGUGAAUUGUUUACUAUCAGUCAAGGUUCAGAAACAGAUGCUAUCAAAACAUAUUUCAAAAAUUUCAGCGAUGAUCAAGCAUGUGUUGCUUGUCUCACAAUAAUUUGUGAUCAGUCAUUAAAGAACAUUAAAGUCAAAGAAUAUGCAACCCGUGCAUUUUUCACUCAUGGCGGUGAACCUAAAUUAGUGACUGAAAAUUUACAUAGCUCACUCAAUGAUUCAUCAAGAGUUCUUCAAAAUACUAGUUUUAGACCAGGAAAUUUUACAACAUUCAUGAACAAUCAAUCAAAUAUAACAAAUCUACCUUUUGAAUCUACUAGCGUUCAUUAUUCAUCUAAACAUAAUGGAUUAUAUUUAUUUGUCAGUCGUUUACUUAGACCCCUUUGGAAUAUUAAAGCAGUAAAUAUGGAGACUACUGAUGGAAAAACUUAUAUUGUCAAUACUGUAUCUCCAGAUGAUUGUUCAUUUGUAGCUAGUCAUUUGCAAACUUUACACACUUUUAUGAAUAAUUAUUCAAAAAUGUUAGGAAGUUAUACUAAGGCUACAUUAGAUGCUUCAAAACGUACAAUUGUACAAGAUGCAAAUCAAUCUGAAACUAAAUCUAUUGAAUGUUUGAAACAAUUAGUUGUUUAUAGUGCUGAAGUGUUUAAUUUAUGGAAAUUACUCAGUGAACAUCAAUUUUAUAUUAUAGCUAGCAAAUUAAGUGAACAAGAACACCGUGUAUUGGAAAAUGUUACUUUUAAGGAAUUGAUCCUUGUGCAUCAAGAAAUAUGUCAAAGCUUAGUACAAAAACUUUUAGAUACAUAUUUAAAUGAGAAUUCAUCUGUAGAAUCAAUUAGUACGAAACUACGCCAAGUAUGUCCAUCCAUAUACCAUUCUGAAGAUGCUGCUUGUGCUAAAGCUUCCGAAAUGAUUAAAUUGGCUCAGUCAACAAUCAAUGAAGAUGAACGUAAACGAAUUUUAUAUCAAUCUCUUAUGGUGUUAAAAGAGGUAGCACCAAAGUUUAAUUUAACUUCCGUAUGUUUACAAUACACAAAUUGUGCUUAUAUGGAAGGUGUAUAUCAAUUGUGUAGUGAGUAUGCCAAAAAAGUUGAUCCAAAAAAUUUAGGUGGUCAUUACUUUGUCAACAAUAUGGUGUUAGAUAGAGACGGGCCUGGUUAUGGUGCUUACAUGUUUAGGUUAGACAUUUACAAAGAAAUAAGUGCAAGUUUAGACUCCUUAUACUCAAUCAUGGUGAAAAAUCCAUCAGUGAUCAUUCCUAACCGACCAAAUUUAAUACCUGGCAUUUUAGAAAAUUCUGCGUUAACUCCUGAACAAGCUUCUAAUUUGAUAUCAGAGUUAAUAAAGUUAUGUAUUUCCUGUGAUGAUGAAAUCAUGCAUACUGUCGUAUACAGGUGGAUGAUUGAUAAGAAAUUAAUAAGAGAAACCAUUGAAAUGGGACAUCAUAGUUUGGAAAAGUUUUUGUUAACCCAAUCUAAGUCUGAUGAUAGCAAUAAUUAUAUCAAAGAUGUAUUAUGUAGAUAUUAUGAGUACAAUGGAAAUUAUAAUGAGGCAGCAGAAGUUUUAGCAUCAUUAGCUAAAAGACCUGAGAGUGGCUUAACUUUAAGCGAUCGUCUUAUGUAUUUAGGCCGAGCAAUGGCAUGUUUACGUAGUAAAAAGUUGAGUACUCCUGCAUUAAAUGCUACUAGUCUAAGAGAAGUAGAAGACUUAUUACAAGUAGCUGAAAUACAAAAAAUGAUAUUGGAUUUAUUGUCAUCUAGCCAAGUUGUUGGGAAAAUUGAUAUCAUUGAAAAACUUAAUAGCAAUCUGUUUACAUUAGGAGAACUUUAUAGUAAUUUUGCGGAACCUCAUAGUUUAUGGGAAGCUCAGUUAGCAAUAUUACAACUUUCUAAUCAUGAUGACCGCGAAUUAGUCAACCAGAUUUGGGAAAAUAUUUUACUUAAAGUUGUGGAAGACUGCGGUGAUAUUGGUGAACACAAUAAAAUGACCAUUGCUUUGGAAAAAAUUAAGUCAUUGGCCAGUUCGCAUCCAAUUAAUUCUUCGACUUUUGACCUAGAAUAUGUAACAACUAUGUUAGAAUAUUUAAAUUGUAACUUGGGUGGCGAUUUGGAAUCUGUAUACACAACUAUGUUGACAAUUGGUGCUCCUAUUGAAUCUCUAGUGGCCAUUUAUAAAAAAAUUUAUUCUACUAAUGAUCCACGGUGGCAGAAGACCAGUGAACUGCAUGUGUUAGAAGUAAUCAUGAGUCUAGCCAGAUAUUAUUUACAAAAUGUUGAUUUAUGGCCUUCAGGGAUGCAAAGGAGAUCGAUUGCUGUAAACUUAUUUGAUUUGUUGGUGAUUUGUCAAAAUAUGCUUUACAGUCGUUUUGCUCAUAGUCCACUGAUUGAAGGUGUCAUUGCGAUCAAAAAUGAACUUGAUAAUAUUAUAAAAAACUAAAUGCAACAAACUAACAUAAUAAUUUUGAAUAUAUCAAUUAUUUUUAAAUA